ACUCUCUGAUUGGCUGUUCUGCUCGACGUCGACGUCGGCUUUGGCUUGUUCUAGCGCUCUGUUUGCGGCGAACGUAAAACAAACGCGAAAGAAAAAACAGAAAGAGCGACUUUUUUGUGUUUGGUGUGGUUUUUUUCUUUCUUCAUUUGUUCUGUUAUAUCGAUAAGGCAGUGAUAUUCUUGAGGAACAUGGCGGACACGGUGUGUUAAGACUCCACACACGGCCCUGGGCUGAGGCGUGAUGUUUUCAGAGAGUUGCUGGGAAGAGCACGCGCAGCAGGAGUGGAACGGGAUCAAGAGCGCGAGCUGCUGCUGCUGCUGCUGAACGCUGCUCGGUGGCACGAUGGCUGGAAUGUGUAACGGCGCCACAUCUGGGCCGGGUGACAUCAUCCAGCUGAACGUCGGCGGAACACGAUUUAGCACCUCAAGACAGACUCUUAUGUGGAUUCCAGACUCUUUCUUCUCAAGUUUACUCAGUGGGAGAAUAUCAACACUAAGGGAUGAAACUGGAGCUAUAUUUAUUGACAGGGACCCAACCGCAUUUGUGCCCAUUUUAAACUUCCUUCGUACUAAAGAGUUAGACUUAAGAGGGGUCAGCAUAAGCAUUCUGCGCCAUGAAGCUGAGUUUUAUGGGAUUACACCUUUAGUUCGACGUUUGCUGCUGUGUGAGGAGCUAGAGAGAUCAUCAUGCGGAAGUGUGCUUUUUCAUGGCUACCUCCCACCACCAGCUAUCCCAGCUCGCAAAGCUGCCAGUGGGCAGAGUGCAACUGCUGGAGUCCAGGAGGAGUACCCAUGCCCCAGUGGAGCGGAGGGGGGCUUCUCUCGCUCAUGCUCACACACCGCUUUGCCUGGGCCUAACGGAAUGGAGGGGGCCACGAGACUUUCUGGAUCGGCAGUUGAUCCCAGGAAGGUGCUCAUCGUUGCUGGUCAUCAUAACUGGAUAGUAGCUGCCUAUGCUCAUUUCGUCAUUUGCUACAGGAUAAAGGAAUCUUCAGGAUGGCAGCAGGUCUUCUCAAGUCCUUACCUAGACUGGGCCAUUGAGCGUGUCGCGCUAAAUGCGAAAGUAGUAGGUGGUCCCCAUGGUGACAAAGACAAGAUGGUUGCGGUGUCAUCGGAGAGCAGGAUCAUCUUGUGGAGUAUCCAGGAUGGGGGAAGUGGCAAUGAGAUAGGUGUGUUCAGUCUUGGCGUGCCUGUUGAUUCUCUUUUCUUCAUUGGGAGUCAGCUGGUUGCCACCAGUCACACUGGGAAGGUUGGUGUUUGGAACGCAGUGACGCAGCACUGGCAAGUGCAGGAUGUUGUGCCCAUCACCAGCUGUGACACUGCCGGAUCCUUUCUUCUUCUUGGAUGCAAUAAUGGCUCCAUUUACUACAUUGACAUGCAGAAGUUCCCACUGAGAAUGAAGGACAAUGACCUCCUGGUGACUGAGCUCUACCAUGACCCCUCAAAUGAUGCCAUCACAGCCCUCAGUGUCUACUUAACACCCAAAACCAGUGUGAGCGGAAACUGGAUUGAGAUUGCGUAUGGCACUAGUUCAGGUGCGGUGCGUGUGAUAGUGCAGCAUCCAGAGACGGUUGGAUCCGGGCCUCAACUGUUUCAGACGUUCACAGUGCACCGCAGCCCUGUCACUAAGAUCAUGCUGUCUGAGAAACACCUUGUGUCAGUGUGUGCAGACAAUAACCACGUAAGGACGUGGACAGUGACCCGCUUUAGAGGAAUGAUCUCCACUCAGCCAGGAUCCACGCCACUGGCUUCCUUCAAGAUCAUCUCGCUGGAGGAGACGGAGAGCCACAGCAGCUACUCCUCUGGCAAUGAUAUAGGUCCAUUUGGAGAGAGAGAUGACCAGCAAGUAUUCAUUCAGAAAGUCAUUCCUAUAACCAACAAACUAUUUGUGCGUCUCUCGUCCACUGGAAAGAGGAUCUGUGAGGUGCAGGCAGUGGACGGCACCACCAUCACGUGUUUCACAGUGCGCGAGUGUGAGGGCUCCAGUCGUAUGGGCUCCCGGCCACGUCGUUACCUCUUCACUGGCCAUGCAAACGGCAGCAUCCAGAUGUGGGAUCUAACCACGGCCAUGGACACAGCGAACAAGAGCGAUAGCAAAAGCAAACGUGAUGCUGAAGUGGGGGGGCCCACAGAGGAGGAGCUUCUAAAGUUGCUUGAUCAAUGUGAUCUGAGUACAUCACGCUGUGCGACACCCAACAUUAGUCCCGCCCCUUCAGUACUGCACCACAGCCGACUCCGAGAGUCCUGCUCCAGUCUCCAGCUGCAGGCCCAAGAACUCUUGGCAGAGACUGCCACCUAUGGCGCUGUACGUCCAUAUCGAGAGAGCCCACUGCUGGCACGUGCCCGUCGCACAGAGAGCUUCAGCAGCUAUCCAGACUUCCACACCCUCAACUUGGCCAAAGUCCUGAGGGAACACGGCGGGCAUUGCAGCGGCACUGACGACGACAGCAAUGGUGACACUGGAGACAAGAGGAGCUCAGAGAGUCCAGUGAGCACUGCAGACAGCCCCCGAGACCCUCGCUGCAGGGCACACUCCUCUGAUGAAGGUACCUCUGAGUGCAGAACGGAGGGUAGGAGGAGAGGAGCGCUCGAUGGGAACUUCCUGGGCCGGAAGAAGGCACCUCCGGUCCCGCAGCUGAGCUCUGUGUCUGUGGGGAGUGAGGCAGGAGGCAGUGACUCAUCCAGCACAGCCUCGCCCUCUCCAACUAAAGCGUCCACUUCCCCACGGCACCGCAGGGGACUAGACAUGAGUGAGUGACGCUCUGAAAGCUAAAACAGCAUAUAUUUCCUGAAGCAGUAUUACCAUAUCCAUAAGCAUAAACAUAUCCCUGAAGGAGUGUCUGGUGAGAAAACUAUAGAUAGGGGUGUAUAAAGCAGCAAGUUACUAAAUGAAUAUUUAAUAUAUACUACAAAUAUCUUACCCAGUUCUGAAGCACUUUAGUUUCAGUUAAUAUUCUAAUCCCUGUAAAGGUUAAAUGCUACAGGUCAGAACAGAAACGACUGGAGGCAAAAGUAACGUGUCACUACAGUGAACUAACUUCUUUUCUGUAAAGCAGUCGCACUUUAUUUUGCUUGUUUCACAUUUCAAGAAGGGAAUAAUCUCAGACUUUCGCAGAUGCCUUUUUCAUUUGAAAUGUUAUAUUGUGAGCUUAUUAUUUUUUUUGAUUUUUGGUCAUUUUUGGGUGGAUAGUUCACAAAGAGGGAUCAUGUUCAGUGAAACAGGUUCAUUUAGUACCAAACCCUGUUUUACAAUGUUUUACUUUUAUAGACGUGUAGGCACAUUAUUAGAUCAUGCAAGCACAAAGCAAGUCAGUUCAGUUCAGUUUAAGUCAGAAAACUAGGCUGGUGCAGAAAUACUGCUGGUAAGCUGCCAGGUUAGGGAUAUAGAGCUCUAAGGGGUUGGGUAUAUUAUUAUAUGCUUAAUAUUAUAUGCUUAGUAUUAAUUCUGCUACAACAUAUUUACUCAUGAGGUUUAUUUUUUACUCUGGUUUGUGGAUAAAAACAUUUCCUCAGCCAGUUUUACAGACGGUCUAAAGACGUGCUUCGUCUCUUUUAUGCAAUUGGUACUCAUUAAAUCGGAAUCUGUUAAAGUAUAUAUGUAUGAAUAACAUUAUAUGCCUAUCUUGUUAAAAAGAAAAAGAA